AUGUCGGAAGGCAAUCCAAAAGUUCUUCGAGCCGGCACAGUAAAAUUUGCUUUCUUCAAACGUCAGAAGGCAAAAUGGGAAAACUUCAAGGUUCAGGCUCAAAUACCCACAAAUUCUUUGCUCCCUCGGGUUAUCGGCGCGACAUUGGCGUGGACAAUCGUGUAUAACGUUGGGGUUUAUUUUUGGAAAGGUCCAGAUCAUCCAAUCAACAAUUUUUGGUAAGCUUAUCAUGUAUUAUGUGCUUCUGAUGUUUAGACACGGUUAUGCCUAAAAUUUUAAAGAUGUUGAAAGUUCUGAUUCUAUUUUGUUGCAGGUACCGAAGGAUGCGUGAAAAAGGGACAUUACCUCCAGAUGUACGUGCCAAGGGCGAGAUGAUCGAAAAGGCAACUUCGUCCUGGAUCGACCAGUUUUAUGGCGGUCGAAACUUCUGGCAGUACGACCGAUCGAUAAGGGACGAAUCUCCGAAGCCUUGGGGAGUUGGCGAUUUUUAG